GAAUCGUAGAUGUUGAAUAUUAAAACUUUUUGAUUUCAUGGAUAGAUGGCCAGAUGUCUAAUAGAAUGGCAAAUAUUCUCUAAACGAACCGGGUCCGCCAUUGUGUUUUCUUUUAUGACCGUGCCUAAAUAUCAAUCUGUAAUAAAUUUUUAGUGCUAAUUCCUCAAAAGCAAUAUGAAUUAGGUGUGUUUUGUGUGUCUUACUGGCAUAUUGCGUUAAUUUUGCUCGAAUUAUGUGUUAUUUGUGCUUAUUCUCUGAGCAAACAUCGAUUUGGUUUUAUGUUUCAAAUUUUUGGACAGUGAGAGAUAAAAUAAAGAACAUGUUCUUCAAAAUGUCUCCUGGAUAAAAAUUAAGACUGGAUAGUUGGAUAGUUUAUUUUAUCGCUACUAAGAUGUCAGGUGAACCACCUCAUCAUCCACACAAUAGGCCAUGGGACUUCAUUGGGAUACCUAACUGGAGGCAACCCCAGCAUGCUCACAUGGCCAACAAACAUUCCAUUAUGCACCAGCCUAACUGGCACCCUCCCACAACAGAAUCUAUGAAAGUGCUGAAUCAGCUUCCCCACAAUUUUGCCCUGCAUCAGAUGUUUGAGAACAUAGCAUUGCCAAAUCAACUUCCUGGGGUGGAUCUAUCCCGAGGCAGCUCCAAUGGAGAAGUUUCAAGUUCACCUAUAAGUUUAAGCGUGAAGGACACAAAAAAACUUAUUGCAACUCCGGAAACGAGCGCAGAUUCGCAGUCAAAGUGUUUGAACCCGAAAAUAAAGAUGUCCGAAAGUGAGCAUAGUGAAUCAGUUUGUGAUAUAAAGGUAACUAAGCGUGCAAGUCCUUUAGAUUCUGUGUUGGAAAGACUAAAACCGAGUUUUGUGAGUUCAGGUGAAAAAAGUGUGGAUUUACCCAAAAUACCUGAAAUUUGCGAUUUACCUUUAAAAUCAGACUUGUCAGUACCUUCAAGCUUACAGGAUAAAUUGCAGGGUGUUAUAGUGCUCCCAACUGGAUCUCAGGAUGAAAGCAGCGACUCCAGUACUCUCAAUGUACCAAAUUCUAAAGAGGAAGAAGCAAUUUCCCCUUACAACACUGAAGACAGUUUGGAUAGCAACAAAUCUAGAAGGAAACGAAAACCUAGCAAAACAUUGAGAUGUGCAAAGACAGAUGAGAAAAUUUUCAGUGGAACUGACAGUUUCAAAUCACAAGAAACUGUAACUUCAAAGCAGGCAGGCAACGCUGUUGAAAUAUGUACAAUUAAGGCUGAAAAACAAAGUGAUCCUCCAACCGAAAUUCUUAAUCCUGUACCUAUUGAAAGACGAAGAUCUUCUAGUUUAGACUUGAAUAUAAUUCCAGCUAAAACUAGAAGAAAAACCUCUUCAGAAUCAGAAACUAUAGAUAAUAUUGCAGCUAUGGUGCAGGAGGGCUUGAAAGAAAAAGAACAGAAAGAUGGAAAGAAACCUUCAGAGAUUUGCAAUGAUAUUAGCUUUGUACCUGUGAGCGUUAUCAAAAGCAAAGAAGAAAUUAAUGAAAAUAUUUGCCAAGAAAGUACUGUGUCUGAAAGUACUACCAAAGUUCCAACCUUAGUUACUCCAGCACAGAAGAAAGAAACACACUUUGUGGAGAUUGAAAAUAAGUUGGAGGAAAUGUUUGCAGGUAUUGAAGACACUGCAGAUCCCUUGAAAACUGACGAUUUGAACUUGGAAGACUCCAAAUUGGAAGACCCUCUACUUGAAGAUUCUGUUGCAGUUCUCACUUGCCAAGACAAUGUUUCAUCAACAUCUAAUGAUCUGACAAUGUCUAAAGCAACUGUGAAAGCAAGAAAAAGCAAGAGUAAAGUAAGUAAGAAUAAGGAAGAUGACAAAAAAAUUUUGUCAAAAAAAGUCAACAAGAAAAAUCUAAAAAACAAGAAAGUUGUACAAAAAUCUACAACAAUUAAAACAGAUACCUUGAAAGAAGUUUCUUAUGAUUCUAGCAGCAAUGCUAGUUCGGCCAAACUGAAAGGUCCAUUUUUACAUAUAAAAGGACCAAGGGGUUCUCCAUUAUCAGUAUCAAUCGUUAAUACCCCAACAAAAGAUGAAGAUGAUGCAGAGAAAAAAAUUAAAACAAAGAAAUUCCAUGAUGACAGUGAAUACAGACACAAAGUCAGAUCAAAGGGCCUGCAUUGCAGCACAUUAAGCAACAAAUACGACGCCCAAACCAAAGACGCAUCUUGGAUUUGUGUUUUCUGCAAAAAAGGACCUCAUACCAACGAAAGAAUUAGUGGUGUUGGUUGGUCCUUUCCAAGCGGCGAUCUUUUCGGUCCUUAUUUUGUUAAUAUGGACUGUGAGGAGUAUGAAAGAAGAUUCGAAGAUCCAUAUGACAAAAAUUUCAAGAGCAAAAAAAUAAUUAAGGUAUUAGAAGCCUCAAAACAGCCCCCAACUAAAAAAGCCAAAAAAAGACACUCUGAAACAGAUUCAGACAUGGUUGACCCUUACUUAGGCAUUGUAGAAAUUACCAAUAAUUCUUUUGAGGUAUGGGUUCAUGAAGAUUGCCUUGUUUGGAGCCCUGGAGUGUACCUGGUAGGUCCAAAAAUUAUUGGACUUCAAGAGGCUGUAUGGACUUCAUGUAAUGUGUCAUGUAUCAGGUGCAAUUUCAAAGGGGCUAAUAUUUGUUGUUUGUAUAGAGGCUGUAUGAAAGUGGCCCAUGUUUGGUGUGCAAGAUCGCUCAAUUGGGACUUUAAUGAGGAUUGUUUCAAAACUUUUUGUGAUGAACAUCGAAAAUGGGACAAAAUAGGGUGAUAGGAGUAAUUGUGAUCUAUUUUAACUUUUGUUUGUUCUAUGGAGGUCGAACUGAUGAGACAAGGAUCAAAACAUCUUUAUAUGUUUCAUCUUAUGAAAGAGGUGAAACUUCAUUUUUAGUCCAACAGUCUUAUUUUUGAAACUUGUUUUUCACAUACUGUGAUAUAAAAUAACCAUCUUUUUAUAUUCCCCAUCUUUGGGAAGAUGUUUCUAGCAGGAAAUUUUUGACAUUAUAUUGUAGAAAUUGUACAUAUUCUUUAUUUUUAUUCAUCAGAAAUGUAAAGUUGAGUGCUAGAAACUUAUACCUUCAAUUUAUUAAUGUUUAAAGUUUAUGGAUUCUUUUUGUUUCCAAUGAAUAUUUCAGUUUUGAAGGUAGCUGAUGGUAGAAUGUGAGAAGUGAAAUUUAAGAUAUUUUCUCAUCAAUAGUUGGAUCUUCAGGUACAGUCUAUUUUGUAAUGUUAUUAAUUUUAAUUUUACAAGUUAGAUCUACCUUUUGGUUCUGUAAAUAUCUGUAAUACAUUGAACACCUGUGUCAGGAUGAAUAAAUAAAAUUUUACAAAGA